AUGAACCCCCUCCAACCGCUGGCACUUCUCUUCUUUGUUCUUGGAAGCUACGUUUCAGCAGAUGUAACAAUAUACCGGGCCAAAGCAAACCUUCCAACUCAAGGAGCGAGCGUAAACGUAUCCGCCAUUGGCACUGCCAGUGGGCAAGAUGGAGGGACGACAUACAUCGAACAAAAGCUUAUAAGCAGCUUGAACGUCGUUUAUACCUCGCCGCCGACCACCUCGCUUAUUACGAACGUCAGAACGGAGACAGCAACGUUUGUUGAAGGAGACUCCUGGGUUUAUAUGAGCAGCCCAGAUGACUCUGGGAAAUUCAACGCCGUGGAACAGAAUUGCACCUUUGCAGCCUCGCAGAAAACAGGGGUUUGCGUUGAAGUCAAUAGAAAGGUGGUGAAUGACACGAGCACGACGCUUACCGUAGUCUCCGCCACAACGUAUAACCGCAAGCUGGUUCCUGUUUACACAGUUACGGGUCUGUUUCCGGCUCAGACGCAGAGUAGAAAUGCGGCGGGGAGAGUGGACUCUUGGAAUUUUUUGGGUUGGCUGCCAGUCAUCUCGGGGUUCAUGAUGAUGAUCUUCGCAUGA